AUGGCUUCCCACAAGGUUGCAUCAAAUUUGCAGAAUCCACAUCCAAAUCCUGAUAUCAAAGAGGUCAGUGAAAAGAUUAGUAAAGUUUUGGAUGAAGAAAUUAAGCAAGGAACUGUUGGUCAGGCAGCACAAGGAACUGUUGGUGGUUUGAAUUUUAUUUUGCAGUAUGGGCUUGUGGAUUAUCAGACUAUAAUUGAAUCUGAUUCACAAGUACUGGUGCAGAUGGUGUUGGGUAAGGCAGAGGUACCAUGUAGACUGAAGGCUAUUAUGGAAAUUGGGCUUUUGUUUGGUACUUUGAAUGUACAGAUUAAGCAUGUAAUCAGGGAGGCUAAUGGAAUUGCUGAUCUCUUGGCAUCGUUUGCAGUGCAACUGGGAUGGUCUGCUGAUUUUUCAGUCAGUGGUGUGUUUCCGACUGUUGGAAGGAUUCUGCUGCAAUGGGAUCAGAGCUUGCUGCCUUCUGCUAGAGUACAGAAAAUAGUUAGUAGAGGUACACUGCCUCUAUAA